AGUACCGCAACCGCAGUACGAUACGAUACGGUCACGGUCAACACGUGCCACUAUCAACGUGUAAAUGUGCAAGACGUGAAAUUGCGGGUGCACUGAAUAGAAAUUCUAAUUUUAUAUAAUAUGUUGGAACCAACGACACAUGCUCUUCUCAAAGGGCGAGUUAUUCUGGCUAGUUCUUCACCGAGACGACAGGAAAUCAUUCGAAAUUUGGUUAAUAGGAAUCAAUGCUGAGUGUAUACCGUCGAGUUAUGACGAGAAUCUCGACAGAAACAAAUAUUCAAACCAUGGCGAAUACGUUCAAGAUUUGGCUUAUUACAAAGUGCAGGAAGUGUGGGAACGUGUUCAGAAAGAUGAACCACCUCCAGUACUCGUAAUUGGAGCUGACACGGUCGUUACAAUGGACGAUAAAAUAUAUGGAAAACCAAAAGACGAGUCGGAUGCAUUUCGCAUUCUUUCUUGUUUAGCCAAAAAAAAUCAUACGGUUUACACUGGAGUAUGUUUGAAAACUCCCAAAUCGGAAAUAAAAUUUUAUGAGAGUACAACAGUCCAGUUUGGUGAUAUAUCCGAGGAACAAAUUAAAGCUUAUAUCAAAACUGGAGAACCUUUGGACAAGGCAGGGGGUUAUGGAAUUCAAGGCGUGGGUGGAUGUCUGAUUGAAAAAAUUGAUGGAGAUUAUUACACCGUGAUGGGAAUGCCACUCUACUCGUUGAUUAGGCAUUUGAACAAGCUGUUUUCUAGCAAAUAGAAAAAAAUUUCAUUCCAUUGAUAUUUCAUACGAUUGAGCUUCGCCAAAUGUAAUGUACAAAGGUGAUGAUAAAAAUAUGAAUCGAAUCACACAAGAGAAAGACUUUGGGCUGGAGUCCUUCCACAAAAAAAAAAUAUUUAAUUUAUAACGAUCGAUAAUAAAACGCAGUGGCAUUAA